CCAAAGAGAGAUGUUCGUUUAGAUUUAGGUUUAGGUAUAUCUGAUUUGUUAUUCCUCCCUUUGGCCGAAUGUCGAUGGAACUCCAUACCAACUUGUUCAAUGCCAACUGACCUUCGUCGGAAAGCUUGGAAGAUAGAGGGAAACAGAUCAAAUUGGAACCUUAAUCAGAAACGGGAAAUGGAAUCGGAAUCAGAUUCAGACUCGGAAUCGGAACCGCGAGUGAUUUAUGAUUGGGAAUUGAAACGGCCUGAAGAUCUUGUUGCGAGCGACUUCUGGAUGUAUGAGGAUGACCCUAAACCUUUUGCGAUGGGUGCUGGGCGGUUUGAGUAUAAGAAUAAGGCAUGGAUUGAACGAGAGAAGAAAAUUAAAAUCGCCAUGGAUGACUAUAGAGAGCGCUCUCGCAACCUAACUUUGUUCGAUGCCAUUGCCCCUCCAGAAAUUGCAGGUAUAUGUGGCGGUGUAAUUCCCCUUCCCUUAGACGAGGAUGAUCUCCGCCGCGAUCUCAUUCCCCUAUGCAAUGCUGCCUUAGAGAGCUACAAUUUUGACAAGGGUUCAAAAUUUGUGCUUGCUGAUAUUGUAAAGACAACCUGGAGAGCUGGUGGAAUGUAUUACAUCACCUUUCAAGCACAAGAUCCUUCCAACAGCAAUGCUACAACUUUCCAGGCACAAGUCCGAUUAAUGCUGGUUGGACCACCUAAGGUCUUUUCGUGCGCCAUUAAAACCUAACACACACCAUGAUACUAAUUUUACAUUAAUAAUUUGAUUCCUUUUAUACUGUAUUUGAUUUUGGUAUUCAUAAUAAGCUUCAGCCAUUUUUUCUUGCAAUGGCUUUAAACUAUAGGAGACUAUAUUGAUAGAAGCAUAAUUUGUUCA